AUGAGUUCCCAACCCAGCUCUGUCGGCCGCAAUGGGUUUGCUAAUAGCCACGCUAACGGCAGUAGCAAUGGAAACGCCAAUCCAAAUGGCUACGAACCCGAAGCGCAAAACGGUGGCGCUGCUGCGCUGGAGCUCUCGCUGUUCAUCAGAGCCAUGACGAAACUCCAGAAGCUGGGGAUUCAUGACCAGCUUUCCUACUUCCGCCUCGCCGGAAUCCACGGUCUCCCCAAGAAUGUCUCAUGGAAUAUGAAUUUGCCACCAAUCCCCCGAAACGAUCCGCAGAUGGAUGAGAAGAUCAAGGCUGGCCAAGGCGGCUUCUACUGCAUGCACAACAAAUACAGGUUCGGGACGUGGCAUCGAGUGUACAUGAUAUUGUUUGAGCGGAGAAUCAGCGACCUAAUGAAGGAUGAAGUAAAGGCCAUGAAGAUCGAAAACAACCAAGACAGAUCUGCGUGGCAGGCGGCAGCUAAUCGCUGGCGUCUGCCGUACUGGGACUGGGCGGCCACCGAACGACUUCCCGAGUUGGUAUGCAAUGAGAACAUCUCCAUUGUUACCAGCUGGAAUGGCGGAACUGGGACUCCUGACAAGAAAGAUGUCCCCAAUCCCAUGUACAGAUUUCAGAUGCCUGGUGGUCAGCCCAUGGGCCACAAAUCGUACGGUGACUACCGCAUUGACGCCAGCGAUGGGCUUCCAUUUGAUUUGUGCAUCGGCACAUCGCGACAUGCUAUAAGUUGGUACACCGAGAAAAGCGCGUGGAUCGAUGGCAUGACCAAUGUUGACCAAGUCAACACCACCCUCAAAGACCAUUGGUGGUCUACGAGUACGCCUAAAGAGCAGAUGCACGAUACAAUCCAGGAUGCCGUUCAGCGUCUGCUCAAUCCCAACUACAACGCCUCCUGGGAACAGUUCAUCUCCACCAAGUAUGUAGGCAAGCCAGACGACCCUAAGGAAUACAUGUCCCUGGAGGCCAUCCACAACAACAUCCACGACUGGACCGGUGGCUCGGAUGGCACCCAAGCUGGCGGGGGCGGCCACAUGUCCUCUGUACCGGUAGCUGCCUUCGACCCUGUCUUCAUACUGCAUCACUGCAACGUCGAUCGUAUUAUGUACCUUUGGCAGAUCAUACCAGAAAAUCAGGACAAGUGGUUCAACAACGAACCAAGCGACGACGACGACGACGCCGCCAUGGCGCCCUUAAAGCCUUUUCGCACUCCAGAGCAGCCCGUUGAUUUCUACAACUCCAACAUGGUCCGCUCCUUGAAGAAUUUGAACUAUACAUACGACGAUGUGGUCGGCCAGGCCCCAGACGCGACUCUUCCCAGCGACAGGCUCCAUGAUGCGCUUCCGAAUGAAUCACAGCUCGCUAAGCACAUCAACGGUUUGUACGGCGCUCAUCUGCCUGCCGUCUCUGCCCCACGCGGCGGCGAGCAUCCAGCAGCUGCAAAAGUGGAUUUCAUUGUAAACGUCGUUUACAACCGCUACGCCCUCAACGGCCUCCGCUACGCGAUCCGCGUCUUCCUCGGCGACCACUGCGUGGGCGCCAUCCACACCUUCUCCACCCCCAUCAAGGACGCCGACGGCUCCACCCGCUGUCCGCAAUGCGAGAAGCAGUCCGACAAGAAGAUUCUCUCCCGCGCACAAGUUCCCAUCCUGCGCGCCGUCAGGCACCGCGUUCCGCCCACGCCCGGCGAGAACGCGGAUGCGUAUACGAAGAGGGUUGAUGAGUACCUGCAGGAAAAUCUGCGCUGGGUCGCGAUGCUCGAUUCGGGCGCCCAGAUUCCGAAGGCGGCGUUGCCGGAUGUUCAGGUCACGGUGCUGGCGGGGAGGUUCCAGGCGCGCAGGGCUGAUGACGAGUGGGUCCGGUUUGGUGGGCAUGUGCCUUUGCCGGGGGCAACUGCGAAGGCUCGGGAGUGA